AGGCCGUCCCUCUGCGCAACCUUCUGCCAUUAAAACCAACCCGCUCCCUUUAGAUUUCUACUUUUCAAUCGAUCAUUAAUUCGCCUGCUGUCCUUCUCUUCUCUGCCUUGACUUCGAUUCUCUUCAACAACCUUCUCCUUUCCCUUCAACACUUUACACCAUAUUCAACAUGGUUGCCUCAUCUACCGCCUCCAACCUCGAGCGCGAGGAUCACCAGCGCGAUGCCGACUUCAACAAGGCCAUGCACGGAUCCUCUGCCCAGGCCCGAGGAGGUGUUGCUGCCAUGUUCCGAAAGGGCGGUUCUGCUAAGCAGGCUGCUGUCGACGAGUACUUCAAGCACUGGGAUAACAAGCGCGCUGAGGACGAGACUCCUGAGGAGCGAGCUGCCCGUACAGCCGAAUACGCCACUUUGACUCGACACUACUACAACCUUGCUACCGAUCUCUACGAGUAUGGCUGGGGCCAGUCCUUCCACUUCUGUCGAUUCUCCCAGGGCGAGCCCUUUUACCAGGCCAUUGCCCGCCAUGAGCACUACCUUGCUCACCAGAUCGGCAUCAAGGAGGGCAUGAAGGUUCUCGACGUCGGUUGCGGUGUUGGUGGUCCCGCUCGCGAGAUCGCCAAGUUCACUGGUGCCCACAUCACUGGUCUUAACAACAACGACUACCAGAUUGAGCGUGCUACCCACUACGCUUUCAAGGAGGGUCUGUCAGACCAGCUCAAGUUUGUCAAGGGUGACUUUAUGCAAAUGUCCUUCCCUGACAACAGCUUCGAUGCCGUCUAUGCCAUUGAGGCUACUUGCCACGCUCCCACUCUCAAGGGCAUCUACAGCGAGAUCUUCCGAGUUCUCAAGCCCGGUGGUGUCUUCGGUGUGUACGAGUGGCUCAUGACCGAUGAGUACGACAACGAUAACCUCCGCCACCGUGAGAUUCGAUUGGGUAUCGAGCAGGGUGAUGGUAUCUCCAACAUGUGCAAGGUCUCUGAGGGGCUUGACGCCAUCAAGGACUCUGGUUUCGAGAUGCUCCACCACGAGGAUCUGGCUAUGCGCCCUGAUGCUCUCCCAUGGUACUGGCCCCUGGCUGGUGAGCUCCGCUACAUUCAGUCCGUUGGUGACAUCUUCACCAUUGUGCGCAUGACCACCUGGGGACGAACCAUUGCCCACGGUCUGGCUGGUCUCCUUGAGACAUUCAAGCUUGCUCCUGCUGGUACCAAGAAGACUGCUGACAGUCUGGCUCUCGCUGCCGACUGCUUGGUCGCUGGUGGUCGGGAUCACCUCUUCACCCCCAUGUACCUCAUGGUGGCUCGCAAGCCUGCUGCGUAAAGCAACAGACUUAUGACAACAAAAUUCCAAAACAAAAACAUCUUAUGAAGAUAAAAAGGGCAAAUCAUGCUGGCUGAUGAUGCAUACAUAUAUGAAGUGGCCGGCCUCAAGAUAUAGAGGAUCCAGAAGGCAGAGGAGUUUGGGGACAAUACUGGCUUAUAAUUGUAA